CAGAAUAUGCACCUCCCCUUGCUUCCCUGGGCAGCUUAAGGGAGCCUGAAGAGAAAAGUGAAAACAGUCCAGAGUCCGGGCGGAUCCACAGCUGGCUGCAGGAGGAGAGCUUUAAGUUACGUGUCAAUAUGGAAGAAGUACUGGCGCCUUUCCGGGAGGCUGUGAGGGAGCAGGGUGACUUGGUGCAUCAGUUGAAGGAAAAGGGCGCCACCGAGCAGGAGCUGAGCAGAGCUGUUGCAGAGCUGAAAGCCCCGAAGAAGAUUCUUGAAGCAAAGGAGCUAGCUUUUCAGCCCAAAGAUGACACGGUGGACAGAGUGAAGCUGGAGGAUACCUUAAAGAGGAGAUUCUUCUUUGAUCAGGCUUUUGCCAUAUAUGGGGGUGUGAGCGGCCUGUAUGAUCUCGGCCCUGUGGGCUGUGCCCUGAAGAACAACAUCCUGCAGGCCUGGAGGCAGCACUUGAUCCAGGAGGAGCAGAUCCUGGAGAUCGACUGCACCAUGCUGACCCCUGAGCCUGUCCUCAAGACGUCGGGGCAUGUGGAUGAAUUUGCCGACUACAUGGUGAAAGAUGCCAAGACUGGAGAGUGCCACCGUGCUGAUCAUCUCCUCAAAGGUCACUUGAAAAAAAUGUUGUCUGACGAGAAAUGCUCUGCAGAGAAGGUGACCGAGAUGGAGAACGUAAUCACUCAGAUGGACAACUACACCCAGCAAGAGCUGACUGAUCUCUUUGUGAAGUACAACGUCAAAUCACCUUCCACAGGAAAUGACCUCACACCUCCCAUCUCCUUCAACCUGAUGUUUAAGACGUCCGUUGGUCCAGGGGGGAACAUGCCGGGCUAUCUGAGGCCUGAAACAGCCCAGGGAAUGUUCCACAACUUCAAACGCUUGCUGAAGUUUAACCAGGGAAGACUUCCUUUUGGUGCCGCUCAGAUCGGUAACUCCUUCCGGAAUGAGCUCUCUCCUCGCUCUGGACUCAUUUGCGUCAGGGAGUUCACCAUGGCUGAGAUCGAGCACUUUGUGGACCCAAAUGACAAGAUCCACCCAAAAUUCUCCAGCGUGGCCGACCUGGACAUCAUGUUGUUCUCCUCUAAGGCUCAGACCAGGGGCCAGUCUGCCCAUAUCAUGAGGCUGGGGGACGCUGUGCAACAGGGAGUGAUCAACAAUUCAGUGCUGGGUUACUUCAUUGGAAGAAUCUACCUUUAUCUGAUUCAAGUGGGGCUGUCCAAAGAAAACGUGUGCUUCCGUCAGCACAUGGAGAACGAGGUGGCCCACUACGCGUGCGACUGCUGGGACGCAGAGUCCAAGACCUCCUAUGGCUGGAUUGAGAUAGUGGGAUGUGUUGACCGUUCCUGCUAUGAUCUCUCGUGCCACUCCAGAGCCACCAAGGUCCCUCUAGUGGCUGAAAAGCCCCUGAAAGAACCCAAAGUAGUUAAUGUUGUCCAGUUUGAGCCCAAUAAGGGAGACAUAGGAACAGCCUACAAAAAAGAUGCCAAGUUGGUACUGGAGUACUUGCAUGUGACGACUGCUACAUCAGUGAUCAGGAGAAGCUUCUCAAUGAAAAUGUGUAAUUUCUGCUUGCAGGGAGAAAGGUUUUAGGUUUUUUCUUUUAGGUUUAUUCAUAAAUAUGUUGUGUGUGUAGUUCAGCUCAUGAAAAAUGGGGGGUAAAAACAAAAGUGUUGCGUUCAUAAUUUUGUGUUUAUAUAUAUAUAUAUAUACGGCCACUUUAUUAGGUACCCCAUGCUAGUAACGGGUUGGACCCCCUU